UAAAUGUUAAUGCAAUGAUCUGGUCCCGCAGCGAUGAACACCAGCCGCUACGCAGAGAGCUACAGGAUCCAGACGUACGCAGAGUACAUCAAGGGGAGGCAGAUCAAGGAGAAGGUGGAACAGACACCCAAAAGUUGGGGAGACGACAGCUGGACCAAACCAAACUACACCCCCGCUACCUCUGCUGGGUUUGGAUACCCCAGGAAGCGCAGCGUCAGCCCCGCUAUGGGGGAGCCGGGGACCGGAGACGCCGCCAUGACGGACGGCUGGAGGGACUACGCCUACCCCGACAGCACGGGCAGCAAGAAGAUGAAGACUGAUGACAAAAGUGGAAACGCAAACGCCAUCGAGAGCAAGACCUCAGAAGGAUGGCUAAAGACGGGAGAUGCAUCAGACUCAGCGGGGUCGAGUCCAAUCCCUGAGGAGGAGGAGGAGGAGGAGGAGGAAGAACAGGAAGAACAGGAAGAACAGGAAGAGGAGGAGGAGGAGGGGGAGGAAGAAGAAGGAAGUCCUGAAGGCAACGAUACUGAAGGGACGGUCACCUGGCAACAAGCCCCAACAUCCCAGGGGAAGAAAGGGCAAAAGAACAAGAACAAGUCUAAAGGGACUGAAUCCUCGACGUCGCUGUUUGACGUCCCGGAGGUGUGGUAGCGAGAGGAGAAGGGAGGACGCCUCUGUCCCACAUGGAGCUCGGGCUCAGAGUCUUUCUCGGCACUUGGGUCGCUCUCCUGACACGCUGUUCACCACCAGGAGCUGCGCACCCCCCCCAAAAAAUUAAUUAUUUGACUCGACAGCUGCGGACAGCGUGUCCAAAGCCAGCAGACGAGCUUCUGACUGGACGAUUGAAGGAGCGAACACAAGCCAUAACCCAACAGCUGCCAUAUUUCCAUCUUCUACCAGAGGAGCAGGAAACUCUUCUCACUAUAAUCCUAAAAGCUCCAGGAAUGAUCAUUUAUUCAGACUGGACUCUGCCACGCUGUCACUAUGAAACCUGUUUUUAACGCCUCCUAUCAGUCUUAUAUUUUGUGAGUUGUGCAUGUGAGGAUUUAAAACACCACAGUCGGGCCCUGUAGUUUACACCGUCUGGGUUAUUUAGUAUUUUAAAGCUGUCCACUAUUUUGUUCCCUUUUUUUUUUUUUAAAGAAAAAACCAGUGCUGUCAACUACCCCAGUUUUAUUCAAACAUAUAUAAGCUUAUCAAUAUUAAUGUGAUGUGUAUUGUUGGCGGCACUUUGACCUUUGGCGAGAGGUGCUUGUUUUGUACAGAAUUGUUCUUUACCUUUAUUUUUGUGUUUGUUUUGUAAACGUGUCAACCUGCAACAAAGUCAAAGUAUGUUUCCGGUGUAAACGUUAAUGAGACGUAUACAUUUUUGUAAAACAAAGUUUAAAAGUACUUAAAAUAUUUCCUAAAAGGGAGAAAAUUAAAGGCUGUUUCUUAGUAA